AUGGCACAGAAACACCACUUCAAUGUUGAGCCCGUGGCUCGUUUCACGGGCCUCAAUGCAGCAAUUCGCAGGCCUCGAGAAAUCGCAUACUUUUCCUUCGACGAGGAUCACAAGUUUCGACUCGAUGACUCGAGCCUGCGCUAUUACUACCCGCCCGCACUUCCUUGUGAUCUCAGCAAAGGUUUUGAGACGUUCCACCAGCUCGACGACUCUGACGAUGACCAUCUGGAUGGACUCUUGGAUGCGAUCAUAGCGUAUGAGAAAGAGAAAGGCUCCAAAGCGGAGAUCGACUUCAUGACAUGGCGGGGAAUGAUGACCAAGCUGAUGAUAGUUCCCUUCUCCAAACUGGACGACUGGGAAAUGAAUGCCACCUUUUUCCAAGGCACUAUCUUCAUUGAGGAGAAUCACACCAAGAAGAUUUCUUCCCGUGAGGAACAGUAUUCAUCUGCGGGGCGACCAGGCGCCAUGUCGCAGGACCUCAUGAGUUUCUGGGGAUACAAAUUCGAGACUGUGUCCUUGAUGCCGACGCCAUGGCCCGAGACCUCUCGAGAGUACAUUGAAUCCCGAGAAGAUCUCCUGGUCAGCAACCACGCUCAAUAUUGCUCCAUCGUCCGCACCGGCUUCGGCAAAGUCAAGAUGAUUCUUGGUGGAGAAGUGGACGCUGUCAUGGCCUGCAAGCCAGAAGAUAAAUCGCUGCCAAUCGACUGGGUGGAGCUCAAGACGACGGCCACGAUCACUAACGAGAGAGAACAGAUCAAAUAUGAGAGGAAACUUCUCAAAUUUUGGGCACAAUCCUUCUUGCUGGGAGUACCCAGGAUUAUUGUUGGGUAUCGCUCCCAGCAAGGUACAUUGGAACGUCUUGAAGAGUUGAAUGUGCAGAAUAUCCCCGACAACGUCAAGCUGAAAGGCAAGGGUUUGUGGGAUGGUCAAAUCUGCAUCAACUUUGCCGCAAGCUUUCUUGAGUGGCUGAAAGCUACCGUCACUGCUGAUGGUGUCUGGCGAAUCAGAAAACGAGAAAAGUCUCCUGUGCUGGAGGUCUUCAAGCUGGAAGAAUCAGGGCACGGCGACAUCUUGUCGUCCACUUUUAUCGAGUGGCGUACCCACGGCCUGCCACAGCAUCAGGAACUUUUGCAGAAGCUCAGAGCGGAUGCAACAGCAGAGGCAUCCGAACCUCCUUGA